AUGGUGAAUGGAACAAACGCAGUUGGUUCUGUAAUCGAUAGAGGAAGAUAUCCAGAAAAGACAUGGAAACUACCGAUAGCAGAGCCAUCGCCGCAACUUUAUCUGUACAAUAGCUUCACACGGAAAAAAGAACUCUUUGUGCCAUUGAACCCGAAGCAGGUGAAAUGGUACAUUUGUGGACCUACGGUCUAUGAUUCUUCACAUAUUGGGCAUGCACGAGCUUAUCUUUCUUUCGACAUUCUGCGACGUGUUUUACAAGAUUACUUUGGUUAUGACAUACAGUACGUAAUGAAUAUAACAGAUAUUGAUGACAAAAUUAUUAAGAGGGCUCGUCAACUUUAUCUGUUAGAAAAUUAUACAUCUGGAAAAUUUGGUGAGCUUUCGAUGACGAAGGUUAUCGAAGACACUCUGUCUGCAUUGGAUAAAUUCAAGAGAAAAUGUAUUGAUGAAACUGAUGCAGAUAAAAAGAGCAUGUUGAACGAUAUGUGUGCAGACGUGAAUGUUGCUGUGAAAAGACUGGAGUGUUCGUUGCUGCAAUCGGAACAAGAAGAAGCAGAGAAAUCAAAGAAUGAACUGCUAAGUGCCGCAAAAGAUGUUCUCUCAGACUGGUUGGAUUCGCUUUACAGACAUACAGUCAGCGACCUGGCUGUCUUUGAUCGUCUUGCUAAGAAAUAUGAGAACGAGUUUUUCUGCGAUAUGGCUUGUUUAAAUGUGCUGCCGCCUACUGUUUUGACUCGGGUUUCGGAAUAUGUUCCUGAAAUUAUUGCAUACGUAGAGAAAAUAAUAGAUAAUGGUUAUGGAUAUGCUACCGAAGACGGUUCGGUCUAUUUCGACACGAUGAAGUUUGAUAAUAGUGAAAAGCAUAGUUAUUGCAAAUUGGUACCAGAAGCAUUUGUUGAUAAUGAGCAACUGAUGAAAAAUAUGCGAGAAAGUGAGGGAGAUUUGAGUAUGGGCAAUUUGCAACAUAAAAGGAAUGCUACUGACUUUGCGCUGUGGAAAUCCUCAAAAGUCGGUGAGCCAUAUUGGAAUAGUCCUUGGGGAAAAGGUCGGCCGGGCUGGCAUAUCGAGUGCUCAGUGAUGAGUUCAAAAAUCUGUGGCUCUUCCUUAGAUAUUCAUGCUGGUGGUUUUGAUUUGAAAUUUCCACAUCACGAUAACGAAAUAGCACAGGUGGAAGCUUAUUAUGAUAUUGGAAAUUGGGUCAAUUACUUUUUGCACUGUGGUUCGCUCCGAAUUGCUGGUUUAAAAAUGUCCAAAAGUCUCAAAAAUUUCAUAACGAUCCGCGAGGCAUUGAAGCAUUAUUCUGCUCGACAGUUAAGGAUAUUAUUCCUAAUGCAUAAUUGGAAUGAUGUUCUUGAUUAUAGCAAUGUUUCGAUGGAAAGAGCUUUGCAGUUCGAAAAAAUUACCAGCGAAUUUUUCUUAGUUGUUAAGGAUUAUUUGCGAAAAAAUUAUAAGCCGAAUAAUAGUGAGAGUUAUCAAAAAUAUGGUGAUGUGGAACUGGUUUUGGUCGAUAAUUUUUGCAAAAUCAAAGCUGAGAUAAACAUUGCAUUAUGUGAUUCGGUCGAUACACGAACAGUAAUUGAAAAGCUGCGGGAAUUGAUUGGCAUGGGAAAUGCUUACAUCAACGAAAUGGAGAAAAGGAAUAGCAUUCCAAAUUGCUUAUUAUUGCAAAAUAUUGCAUUAUACAUGACGUGGUUGUUCAAAGUGUUCGGAGUUAUACCCCAAAAUGCUGAUAUUGGUUUUUCAACAGAACAGAAUGGAAUGUUGAGUUAUGAUAUAUCAAUCGGAUCCAAGGAAAAGUUGCUCAUGCCCUACUUAACAGCGCUUGUCGAUUUCCGUGAAAAUAUUCGAAAAGUGGCUCGUGAACAAAAAAUCAGCGAAGUUUUGAAAGAAUGCGAUAGGUUACGAGAUGAAGUUCUGCCAGAAUUGGGUGUACGACUUGAAGACCGAAGUGCCCAGACAUGUGUCAAACUUGUUGAUAGAGAAACUCUGUUUCGAGAGCAGGAGCAGAAGAAGGCUAUUGAAGUAGCAAAAGAGGAGGAAAAACAUCGAAAACAAUGCGAAAAAGCGGAAAAGGAAAUAUCUAAACGUAUACCACCUUGGGAAAUGUUUAAGCAAGGCAAAGACGGUGCAAAAUUCUUGAAAUAUGAUGAUAAAGGAAUACCCACGCAUCUUAUUAACGGUGAAGAAAUCUCGAAAAAACAGCGGAAGAAGCUGGAGAAGUUAUACGAAAUGCAGCAAAAGAAUUAUGAACAGGUUGUUUACGAAAUUUAUGAGGCAAGAAAAAAGUGCAUUUAUGCAUUCUCAACAUAG